CACAAAUGUCUCUGGAGCCAGCGGCUGGCGACUGUCGGCUACAAAAGAAAACAGUUGACACAUCAGCGUGGCUUGUUCGGGUUUAUGCUCCAAACAAAACAACAGAACGCCCACCUACAUAAAACGGGAGGUGCGCCUGUCAGAAAAUCAGUUCAGAUCCGGACACAUCACGAGUGAACACACAGAGACAUUCCUGAGGAGAAGAUAAAAUCAAGAAGCGGCCUGGUUUUCGGUCUGACAACGUUGACAUCCGGUAAAAUGUUGUUUGAUCAGAAUCGUGGUCAGACCAACUUUCCUGCAAAGCUUCGCGAGAUACAAGUAGAGCAAAACGCCAUGACGCUACAGAGAAGUUUCGAUCUCGGUUUUGCUCCUCCGACGAAGCAUCACAGCGGGGUCGGCACGCUGCACUAUCGUCCCGCAAGUUCCGGACCUGUCACCGGUGAGCACGAAAGGAGAGACUUCACCACGGGAACGACUCACCGUGCGCCUUCCGUCGCUCAUGCGGGGCGCGGGGCGUAUGGCACCGGAACCGUCAGUCUGAAGCGUCCCUGGGAGUCGGCGAGCGACUGCGAGGAGGACCAGGCGAGGCAACCCGAUAGAGAGGGACACAACGCUCCGAAAGAUGCCGAGAAGAACCGAAACAACUUUUCACCAAAGUCAAGUGGAAAAGCAGACAGCACAGACAGGGACGCGUCGUCAGAUGGAGACGACAGCGGUGACGACAAGACUUCCAGCAAGAACAAGGCCCGCACGGCCUUCGCGGGGUACCAGGUGUUCCAGCUGGAGAAACGGUUCCAGACGCAGAAGUACCUGGCAGCGGCCGAGAGGCAGGAGCUGGCGCAGAGGAUCGGGCUUACAGACACUCAGUCCCCCAGAGAUGAAUGUGUGAUAUGCGAAGUGCAUGCUGUGUUCAUGAGUCCUAAUUGUAGCUUCACUCAACGUGGAUGAAAUUGUUAAAUUUGAAUUCAAAUCUACGAAGUUUUGAAUUAGAAGUCAAUUGUGUGUGUUCUAACAUGCUGAAUAGUGCUUAUCAUAUUUCUUAUGACAUUUGUAUCAAUAUGUACAUACAAUAAAACAGUCCGUCCCAUGAAAAUCA